AGAAAUCUGCUAAAAUGUGAAACUAAAGACUUAUUUUUUAUUUUUAUUUUUUUAGUGAUUAUCUUAUCUUUCUUAACCUUCAUGAAUUGAACUUGGGUUCUCUCUCACCCCGCCUAGCAAAAUAUCUAUACUCACACAGUUGUGUUGAACUGAGCUUGUAAUUGUAUCCUCUCAUUCCACAUUUUCUUCACUCCUUUCCUUACACAAUCUCAAAACCAAACCUUUUAACAUACAACAAAUUUCAUCCAAAUGUUGUUGUUGUAACCAAACAUGAAAAGAGGAUACACCAAACCCAAACAACAAUCAUGUCUCUCUCUGUCUCCACAGGAUUACUAACUCUUACACCCUCCUCCACACCCACACCCUCCUCAUUUUCAAUUUCAAAGAGACACACUCUUAACAUCACCGCUUCUUCCUCUUCAAAUUCUUCUUCAACCCAACAAGACACAACAAAUUCCUCUCCACAACAACUCAACAACAACAAUGACAAUAAAACUGUCACUGUUGCUAAAUUCACCUAUAGCAGAGCAUCACCUUCAAUUCGAUGGCCCAAUUCAAAACUCACUGAUAUGUACCCUUCUACAGAGACCCAAUUGUCUCAAAACGAUGUUUUUGUCAAAAAGACUCCAACUUUGGAAACCCCAGAUGAAACCCACAAAGGGGAAGAAGAAAAAGAAACAGGUGAAAAUUUUAUAGGAAACCGUAGUAGGAAGAUGAAGGUGAAAAGGAUGAACAAUUUGGCGCUGAAAAAAGAGAUGGAUUGGAGGGAAAGAGUGAAGUUUUUAACUGAUAGGAUUUUGGGUUUGAAAUCUGAUGAGUUAGUUAGUAAUGUGUUGGCACAACAUAGAGUUGUGAUGAGACCAAGUGAUUUUUGUUUUGUGGUUAAAUCGGUUGGUCAAACUCGUUGGCAACUCGCGCUUGAGCUUUAUGAAUGUUUGAAUAUGCAGCAAUGGUAUGCACCUAAUGCAAAGAUGGUUGCUACUAUUUUGGCUGUGCUUGGAAAGGCUAAUCAAGAAGCAAUUGCUGUUGAAAUUUUCGCGAAAGCUGAGCCAAAUAUAGAAGAUAAUGUUCAGGUGUAUAAUGCUAUGAUGGGUGUUUAUGCAAGGAAUGGUAAUUUUGAUAAGGUAAUUGAGAUGUUUGAUUUAAUGCGUGAUAGAGGGUGUGAACCUGAUAUUGUUAGGUUCAAUACUUUGAUAAAUGCAAAAGUUAAGUCUUGUGCUAUGGUGUCUGGUUUAGCUAUGCAGCUUUUGGAUGAAGUAGGGAAGUUUGGUCUUAGACCGGAUAUAAUAACUUAUAAUACUCUUAUAAGUGCUUGUUCAAGAGAGUCUAAUUUGAAGGAAGCAGUUUGUGUUUAUAGUGACAUGGAGAGGAACCAUUGCCAACCGGAUCUUUGGACUUACAAUGCUAUGAUUUCGGUUUAUGGUAGAUGCGGGAUUGCUUUGAAAGCAGAACGUCUUUUUGAAGAACUGAAGUCUAAAGGAUUUUCACCUGAUGCAGUCACUUAUAACUCUUUGUUGUAUGCUUUUUCAAAAGAGGGAAAUACAGAAAAGGUAAGGGAUAUUUGUCGUGAAAUGGUGCAAAUGGGGUUUGGCAAGGAUGAGAUGACAUACAACACUAUCAUACACAUGCACGGAAAGCAUGGCCGGCUUGAUGAGGCAUUGCAGCUUUAUGGAGACAUGAAGUCAUCUAAAAGGACCCCAGAUGCGGUUACAUAUACUGUUUUGAUCGAUUUGCUUGGGAAAGCAAGUAAGAUUGAGGAAGCUGCAAAAGUAAUGUCGGAAAUGUUGAAUGCAGGUGUUAAGCCCACUUUGCACACAUACAGCGCUUUAAUUUGUGCAUAUGCAAAGGUUGGGAAGCGAGUAGAGGCCGAAGAGACAUUUAACCGCAUGCGUCAGUCAGGGAUCAAAGCUGAUCAUCUAGCAUACUCAGUUAUGUUGGAUAUCUUUUUGAGAUUCAACGAGAUAAAAAAGGCUAUGGUGUUGUAUCAGGAAAUGAUACAGGAAGGCUUCACGCCGGAUAACGGUCUUUAUGAAGUCAUGCUACCUGCACUUGUGAGGGAAAACAUGGGGGAUGUUGUUGAAAGAAUUGUUCAAGAUAUGGAAAAACUGAGUGGUAUGAAUCCACGUGAUAUUUCAUCGGUUCUUGUUAAGGGGGGAUGUUAUGAUCACGGUGCUAAAAUGUUGAAAGUUGCCAUCAACAAUGGCUAUGAAUUAGACUGUGAGAUUUUUUUAUCCAUUAUAAGCUCAUAUAGCUCAUCUGGUAAAUAUUCCGAAGCUCGUGAACUUCUUGAAUUAUUUAUAGAACACACUCCCGAGGACUCCCAAACGAUCGCAGAAGCACACAUCAUUAUACUUUGCAAGGCUGUAAAGUUAGAUGCAGCCUUGGAGGAAUACAGAAGUAGAGGAGAACUUGGUACUUUUAGAAGUUGUACUAUGUAUGAAACCCUCAUUCAGGAAUGCGUGCAAAGUGAACAAUUUGACAUAGCUUCUCAGCUUUUCUCUGACAUGAGAUUCAAUGGUGUUGAGUCAUCUGAAUGUCUGUACCAGAGUAUGGUGUCUGUCUACUGCAGGAUCGGCUUCCCCGAGACAGCACAACAUUUGUUGUUUCAUGCAGAGCAAAAUGACAUUAUACUGGAUAAUGUAACUUUUCAUAUUACUGAUAUCAUUGAAACAUAUGGAAAGUUAAAGAUGUGGCAAAAUGCAGAAAGUAUAGUGGAGGAUCUUAGGCAAAAAUGCUCAAAAGUUAACAGAACGGUUUGGAAUGCUUUAAUAAAUGCUUAUGCGAUCAGUGGUUGUUACGAACGAGCUAGAGCUAUUUUUAAUACAAUGAUGAGAGGUGGUCCUUUCCCGAACGUUGAAUCCGUAAAUGGUCUCUUACAGGCUUUAAUUGUUGAUGGGAGACUGAAUGAGCUUUAUGUGGUAAUUCAGGAGUUGCAAGACAUGGAUUUCAAGAUAAGUAAAAGUUCUAUUCUUUUGAUGCUUGAAGCAUUUGCUCAAGCAGGAAACUUAUUUGAGGUGCAGAAAGUAUACAAUGGAAUGAAAGCUGCUGGUUAUUUUCCUAACAUGCAUCUUUACAGAAUUAUGAUUGGAUUGCUGUGCAGAUUCAAAAGAGUAAGGGAUGUAAGAGUCAUGUUGUCUGAGAUGCAAGAGGCGGGGUUGAAGCUGGAUCUUCAAAUUUACAAUUCUAUACUUAAACUAUAUUCUAGUAUCGAAGAAUUUCAAAAAAUGGGUGUCAUCUACCAGAUGAUACAAGAUGCUGGUCUUUCACCAGACGAGGAAACUUAUAAUACAUUAAUUAUAAUGUACUGCAGAGACCAUAGACCAGAAGAAGGUUUAUCGCUUAUGCAUAAAAUGAAGAGUCUUGGUUUGGAACCUAAGCGAGACUCAUACAGAAGCUUGAUUGCAGCAUUUAGUAAACAACAACUGUAUGACCAGGCUGAGGAACUUUUUGAAGAACUUAGGUCGAAUGGUUAUAAACUGGAUCGCUCCUUUUUUCAUUUAAUGAUGAAAAUGUAUAGAACUUCCGGGGAUCAUCAGAAAGCUGAAAAUCUGGUAGCCAUUAUGAGAGAAGCAGGGAUAGAGCCCACUACUGCCACCAUGCAUUUGCUAAUGGUUUCUUAUGGUACAUCUGGACACCCUGAAGAAGCUGACAAAGUCCUUCAAAACUUGAGAACAAUGGGAGCAGUUCUGGAUACCUUACCUUAUAGUUCUGUUAUUGAUGCGUAUCUCAAAAAAGGAGAUGCGAAAGCUGGAAUUGAAAAGCUCAGAGAAAUGAAGGAAGCAGCCAUUGAACCAGAUCAUCGAAUAUGGACGUGCUUUAUCAGAGCUGCAAGCUUGUCUGAGGGAGUAAACGAUGCUAUUAAUCUUUUAAAUGCACUCCAAGGUGUCGGAUUUGAUCUCCCAAUCAGGCUUCUAAGAGAAAAAUCUGAGUUGUUGGUUUCCGAAGUUGAUCAAUUUCUUGAGAAACUGGAACAUGUGGAAGAUAAUGCAGCUUUUAACUUUGUAAAUGCUUUGGUGGAUCUCUUGUGGGCAUUUGAACUGCGAGCCACUGCAUCAUGGGUUUUUCAAUUAGCAAUCAAGAGGACCAUUUAUCGUCAUGAUGUAUUUAGAGUUGCUCAGAAUGACUGGGGAGCUGAUUUUAGAAAGCUAUCUGCUGGCUCAGCACUUGUUGGUCUUACAUUAUGGCUUGACAAUAUGCAGGAUGCCUCGUUGCAGGGCUAUCCAGAAUCGCCGAAAUCAGUCGUACUUACAACAGGAACAGCAGAAUAUAACAUGGUAUCACUCGAUAGCACAUUAAAGGCAUGUCUUUGGGAGAUGGGAUCGCCUUUUCUUCCUUGUAAGACUCGACAUGGUGUUCUUGUAGCCAAGGCUCACUCCCUCAGGAUGUGGCUAAAAGACUCUUCAUUUUGCUUGGAUCUCGAGUUAAAAGAUUCUCCAAAUCUCCCUGAAUUAAAUUCAAUGCAACUUAUCAAUGGAUGCUUUAUAAGGCGUGGCCUUGUUCCAGCGUUCAACGAAAUUACCGAGAAACUAAAAGUUGUGAGUCCCAAGAAAUUUUCUAGAUUGGCUUUAUUGCCUGAUGAUAAGAGAAGUAAAGUCAUGCAAGCUGAUAUCGAUGGAAGGAAAGAGAAGUUAGAAAAACUUAAAAAUUCUGACCCUCGACGUUUUACGAAGAUCAAGAAGAUUAAGAAAAAGAAGUUUAUUCGGGAAGCUAUGGUGUACCAAGGAAAUUCAAUUGGGAAACAAAGAACUUUCAAACCAAUUGCUGCAGAUAAAUCAAUUGAAAGAGAUAAAAACGACAGGUAAGUUAAGAUGGCGAAGUUCAAAGUUAGGUUGUCUGCAAUCUUGCUGUGUUACAGAAGAAGCUUUCCCAAAACAAUGCUAUAACAGAAGCACUAUAGCCAAAUAUUGUAAGCUUAUGUUGUACAGAUAGGAAUCUGCCAUAGAAAAAUUACUUUGUGUUUUAGUAGUGUUGGUUUAA